AUCAUUCCGCAGGUUAUACUCCCCCAUCAUGCUCUCAAAUUCCCAGUCGGCUCCCCAAUUCCCGCGCUUCUCGCGACCAUUGUUUCACACACUGCAAAACUUACCUAUCUCCUCUAAUUCUUCUUCCUCCCCUGAGGUCAAAAUUUCAGACUAGACGCUUGACUUCACUGCAAACGAAGAGGUUGGACCACUGAGAAGCGAUAGAUUAAGAAUUGAUGAGUUCAUGAUGAAAAUUCUGUGCUGGAGAUUCCCUGCAAGAAUUUUCUCGGUUUCGAUUUUACUGUUGGUUUCAUUGUUGCUUCCCUUGCCGCCGAAAAAAGUUGGCGCACUUCGUCCAAAGAAUGAAUUCAGCUUCACUCACCACGUGCAUAACACACGACAUGCCCGUAGACAUGUGAAGGCUGUCAGUAGUGAUUCCGAUUUCGUGAAUACAAGAGGCCAUCAGUUCACCGUGAAUGGGAAAGCACUGUACGUGAACGGCGCCAACAUCUACUGGCUGAUGUCCAUGGGCACGGAAGAGUCCACCAGGUCUGUUGUCACCGAUGUGCUCACUGAAGCAGCAGCGGUGGGCGUGACGGUUGUGCGAACCUGGGCCUUUGCCGAUGGGUCCGACUAUCAUCCCCUCCAAAAAACACCGGGAAUGUUCGACGAGUCUACUUUCCAGGGAUUGGACUUCGCGAUCUCCGAGGCGAAAAAGCAUGGCAUUUGGUUGAUUCUCAGCUUAGUCAAUAACUACGCAGAUUAUGGAGGCAAGCCUCAGUAUGUCGAGUGGGCUAACACGUAUGCGGGAACGAAUCUCACAUCCGAAGAUGAUUUCUUUUCGGAUGCAACCAUCCGAGCGUGGUUCAAGGAUUACAUCAGGACAAUAGUGACGAGGGUGAACACCAUCGGGGGAGUGGCGUACCGAGACGAGCCUGCCAUUUUUGCAUGGGAGCUCAUGAACGAGCCACGCUGCGGUAGCGAUCCUACCGGAAACGUCUUCCAGGCCUGGUUAGAGGAGAUGGCGCUAUACGUGAAGAGUUUGGAUACGAAUCACAUGCUGGAGGUUGGCCUAGAAGGCUUCUACAGCUCGGCUGUGUCGCUGGAGUCGGUUGAUCGAGAAAGCUCCAAUCCUGGCACCUUCGCGACUCAAUACGGUGUCGACUUCAUUCGAAACCAGCAAAUCUCGGCGCUGGAUUUCGCAAGUGUCCACUCUUACCCGGACAACUGGACUCCUUCACUAACUGAGGCCGAGAAGCGGAAAUUCAUGGUCAAAUGGAUACAAACUCACAUCAACGACAGCGAAACCACGUUGCAGAAACCGGUGCUGUUUGCAGAGUUCGGCAAAUCCAGCAGGACGUCGGGGUACAAGGAAACCGUGCGGAUAGACGCCAUGAGAUCCAUGUUCAAUGCUGUCUAUGAUUCGGCGGCGAAACAGGGUGCGGCAGCGGGCGCGAUGGUUUGGAUGCUUGUCACGAACUCCACGAAAAACACCCUCGCAGAUGGGUUCGAGAUAGAUUUGUCAUCAGACUUAGCCAUAGCUUCUCUCAUGCAGAACCAGGCCUCUCGCAUGUCCUCGCUCUCAUAAACUUCACAACCCUGAACAACGCGCCACACCACCAACAAGUUGAUUUCAGAAAUAAAACAGAAGGAAAGAACUGAAGCAAGUAAAAGAUCAUAUCGCUGGAAUACCUACCAACCAGAAGAGUUCUACAUAAUACCUGUUUAGAGCAACUUUGGCAUAAAUUUGCGCAACUCCCUAAAUAAAAAAAUAUAUCCUCUCAAGUCGUGUUCCAGAUUUAAAACGCUGUACUGCCUGAGAGAAUUGCGAUGUUAAUGGACCUGUCUUUUUAA